CGAUGUUGAAUGUGGAAGGAACAGUUUCCGGGUUGUUGUGAAGUAAAAUUUAGACCGGAACCCUCCUCAACUUGUGUGAGUAAUUUUCGCGCAGUGGUCAUGGAUUUUGACUCUGGCAUCUCUCUUCAACAAGCGUGCCCUCCGUUGUGCUUGUUGAGCAUGUUGCGGUCGUGAGCCCUGAGAUUAUAUACAAUUCAUGAGUUGUGAUUUUAGUUUUAUUUUUUUUUAAUUUUAUUUUAAUGAGGACAAAGUGAGUCUGAGCGUGUGGAAGUUUUUGACGGGGGUUGAUUUAGAGGUUUGCUGUGUGUUGCUGUUGUGAAAUUGGGUUAGUGUUUGGGAGAGAAUCGUGAGCUUGAGCACUGAAGGGUAGUGCAAGUGCUGGACCUGCGCGAAGGGGUAUGGCGUCGUAUAGUUUGGAAGAGUUUUUAGGGGCGAGGGUUUUGAAGGGUUUGGGCGUGAAGUUCGCCGCAGAUGGCUGGGAUGAUGUGCCCACGAUCAAGAUGAUCGACGCUGAAGACAUGGAGGCGCUUGAACUUACCGACGCCCAACGAGAUGCGUUGGAAUUGCGAAUCUAUCUCCACAAUCGCUCUCUACUGCAGUACGCAGACAGUAUGGAAGGCUCGGGUAUUGGCCUCAUUGACUUAAUGAGUAUGAAACCUGCUGACCUAGUCUCGAAGUUUGGGAUGCGUAAGAGUCAUGUUUCCACCUUCAUCGACACAUCCGCUUCUUGUGGUCUUCAAAUGCCGCCGAAUCUUCCCAGAGUGGCUUCCCAACGCCGCCCCUCCAUUAUCUCGCGAACCAACGAGACAGGAAAUCCAGCCCCCGAGUCGCAAGUAACAAAUUCUGCCGAUAAUCAGACCCAAAGAUCUACAUUGAGCUACGUCUCCUCGUUUGGGAACGCUAUUGACGAACCACCACGAGGCUCUAAUGUGGGCGACGACUUGUCGUUUGGGAAUUCUAGUGCCAUGGAUUCGCCUUCAUCCCCUCCUCGUUUGUCAAAUGCAAGCGGAAUGCGGUUUGAGCCACCAUCUUCGUUGAGGCCAGUGGAUGCCAGAAAACCAAAUUCUCCACAGGGAGUAUUUGGAGCGAACUUGAACACUGCCAGCCGGCGUAUGUUUGGUCUGGUAAAGGCGCCGAGCCCUGACAAUGUCACGAAGUUAUCAACACUAGAGAAAGUAUCGUUACAACAACUUGCACCAGAACACAAGGAUGGGGUAGAUCCCGAAACAAUAAAGCUCCAGAGCAAGCCUCGGUCCUUCAAAGCAUCCAAUCUCUGGGCCGAUAAGGCAACUCUCUUCUUCUGCAUCCGGCGACCUGGGUGCGUGAUGUGUAGGGCGGAAGCAUAUCAGCUGUUCGCUCGGAAGCCUAUUUUUGAUGCACUGGGCAUUCAAUUGGUCGCCGUUCUUCUCGAAUACAUAGACGAUGAGGUGUAUGCUUUCUGGCCUCGGUACUGGGCAGGCAUGGUUGUUCUCGACGAGAAUCGCGAUUUCUUCAGGGCGCUUGGAGGUGGGAAAUUGAUGAAGGAUAACCUUUUCACCGGGUUCUUUUUGAAUCCGAUUGCCCGGCUAAACUGGAAGCGCGCCGUGAAAACUGGUAUUCCUUACAAUACGAAAGGAGAAGGAUUCAUCAAGGGAGGACUGUAUAUUGUCCGCAAAGGAAGUGGAGGUGUUGCGUAUCAGUUUGUGGAGAAAAUUUUUGGUGAUUGGGCGCCGCUGGACGAAGUCCUACAAGUUUGUUACAUCAUUAAGGGAGAGGAAGAGUCAAAAGACCAUUAGUAUUUUUUUGGCCGUUACUCGCUGAUUCACCCCUGUGAAUCACCUGUAUUUUAAACAAUUCUUCAUCAGGUUAGAAGCCCAAUUGCGUGAUUAGACACAGGUCUAGAGGUUAGGAUCAAAUAUCACUUCCUUGUAGAUAACUGCUUUAUUAUGUUGGCUUGGAUGUACUUAGAAGUUAUUGUCCUGAAUCAAAAAUUCUCUCUACUUGUAUUUCUUUUAAAACAAUAAGCUGUAGAUAGGAUUGAUGUGAUGAUC